AUGGCUCAAAAACCCAGAUGGGGCGAAUUGGAGGAAGAAGCUGAUGGCGGUGACUAUGACUAUUUGUUGCCGCCGAAACAGCGCGCCAUGGAGAGGCGUUCUUGGCCUAAGUUCGGUGAUGCCGUUCAAGAGGACGUCGGCGCCAAACUCACCAUGGUUUCUACCGAGGAAAUCAUCUUUGAGCGACCAAGGGCUCCAGCUCUGCUGAAGCAACAAGGUGCUUUUGCCAAAGGCCAGACAAAAACGGCUCCUGUAGAGGAGGAAGUUCCACCUUUGCUUGGAGAAAAUGGAAAAAUUGAGGUAUGGCGUAUUGAUGGUGAAGAAAAGACGGAAUUACCCAAAGAGGAUAUUGGAAAAUUUUACAGUGGAGAUUGCUAUAUUUGUCUUUACUCCUACCAUUCUGAUGAAAAGAAAGAAGAUCACUACCUGUGCUGUUGGAUUGGGAAGGAUAGCAUCCAGCUCUAUGAAAUGCCAUGUAUGAGGUUUCUAUCUAAAGAUUACUACUGUAAAGAUAUAAUAGAUGGUGUGGUUGUUGAUGAGGAGGCAGUUGGGAGUGGCGCUAAAAUCCUCCAUGGUGAAGCUGCUCUUGCCCAUUAUCUAUCACAACGCUUAAUAGGAUAUGGGAAUGCUUAUGCACCCAAAGAAGCAGAUGAUCAAGCUAUGUCUUGUUAUUGA